UCUAUUCCGCGGGGUCACGUCGUGCUCGUUUUAGUAAGUUGUAGUCGCCCCGAUUAUAUUAUAACGCAAAUGUAGGGGGAUAAAAAAUAAACCGUGCUACCGACCAACUGAAGAUCGAACACUUAUCACGCACACACGCACACGUACGCGUGUACAACAACUACUGUGCUAUUGGAUUUCGGUUUUUUUCCGUUCCGUUUCGUCUGAUAGUAAGACGUCUCGCGUGUGCCCGCCCUGCUCGCCGGACGUGAUAAUUCGCACUAUUCGCAGUUUCGUGGUUCCGCUAGCAAGCGGCACGACUACGUUACYUACGCGCACCGCUCGUGACAGCCGCCGUUGAUGGUGUUCCGUUCCGUAACUGACAAAGCUAACGUCUGAGACGCACGUCAUGGCCGAAGUGGCCAGGAGAAACGAGGCGCCGCCGGGCGAUGGGGCUGGUAAUGUGGAACCGGCGCAAGGAGAACAGCCACAACCCCAACAAGGGCGGUUUAACAUGUUCUUUGGAGUAGUAAAAACAUUAAUUGUUCGAUCAUUAGUUAUCUACUUCAUUACAUCAAUGUUUAAAAAGUCCUCCAAUGUACCUCCUGAUGGUGUUACUCCAGUUGCUGAUUCCAUUCCAAAUGUCAAUUUUUUUGAGUUUGGUACUAAGUUUGAUAUGUAUGUGUAUUUAUCAGAAGACAGUGUUAAGAAUAUGAUAAAUGAAAAUGAACUUAUUUGGAAAAAAACAGAUUUAGAAUAUGGAGACUGGUCUUCAGGACCUAAUAACGAUGGCACUUAUACUAUUCAAACAUCAUUCAUUCCAUCACCRAGCCUGCAAAAUAAUGGAUCAAUUUAUUUACAUGUAUACUUCAUUAAAAAGACAAAUCCAAAUAUAAGUAAAAAUGACCCUUAUGUUGUUUACGCAUACAAACAAUUAAAUAAGUUUAAAAAAGUCAAGUUUUUAAAAACCCAUAACUUACUUACUGGUGAAACAUCUGCCACUCCAGAACAAAUUGAAGUUCGUUUCAUGAUACUCCUGAGUUAUGGUCAUCUUAACAUUUAA